AAUACUCAAGGCAACAGGCCCAUUCCAGCUCUAGCGGGAAUUCCUUUCCCUACCGGACUCGGUAGCGCCGGCCAAUACAAUUCUCCCUCGCCGGCUUUCGCUCAAAGGAGAGCGGAAACCCGACCUCGCCGGCGUGCUCGUGUUUCAUCACGUAAGUUCAAGCUGCGCACGGCGGUCGGCGAUCCGUCCAGCCGAGGGAAGAAGAUGAAGGAGACCAAGCUGGGGAUGUCGUUCAAGAAGGACGACAAGUUCGGAGAGUGGUACUCCGAGGUCGUCGUUAACAGCGAGAUGAUUGAGUACUACGACGUCUCUGGCUGUUAUAUCUUGAGGCCAUGGGCGAUGGAGAUCUGGGAGUUGCUGAAAGAGUUCUUUGAAGCGGAAAUUAAGAAGCUGAAGCUGAAGCCUUAUUAUUUCCCUUUGUUUAUUACCGAGGAUGUUCUGCAGAAGGAGAAGGACCACGUUGAGGGCUUUGCUCCUGAGGUCGCAUGGGUUACUAAAUCAGGAAAAUCUGAUCUGGAAGCUCCUAUUGCAGUCCGGCCCACAAGCGAGACUGCCAUGUAUCCAUACUUCUCUAAAUGGAUAAGAAGCCACCGCGACUUACCUUGGAAGUGUAACCAGUGGUGCAACAUCGUUCGAUGGGAGUUUAGCAGUCCAACUCCUUUCAUAAGGAGCCGUGAAUUUCUUUGGCAAGAAGGGCAUACAGCUUUUGCGACAAAAGAGGAGGCAGAUGAAGAGGUUCUUCAUAUAUUGGAGCUCUACCGAAGGAUAUAUGAAGAAUUUUUAGCAGUUCCAGUGUUCAAAGGGAGGAAAAGUGAGAUGGAAAAAUUUGCUGGUGGACUUUACACAACCAGUGUUGAGGCCUUUGUUCCAAACACUGGCCGUGGUAUACAAGGCGCAACCUCACAUUGUCUUGGUCAAAACUUUGCAAAGAUGUUUGACAUACGUUUCGAGGAUGAGAAGGGUAAAAGAUCCUUUGUGUGGCAGAAUUCUUGGGCAUACUCCACCCGCUCGAUUGGGGUGAUGGUGAUGACGCAUGGUGAUGACAAGGGCAUAGUGCUACCACCAAGGGUGGCACCUAUCCAGGUCAUCGUCAUUCCUGUUCCAUUCAGGGAUGCGGACACUGUAGCUAUUAGCGGUGCAUGUGAGUCAGCUGUUUACACUUUAAACCAAGCUGGAAUGCGAGCAGACUUGGAUGCCCGUGAUAACUAUUCGCCUGGAUGGAAAUAUUCUCACUGGGAAAUGAAAGGUAUUCCCUUGAGAAUUGAGAUAGGUCCAAGAGAUCUGGCAAACAAGCAGGUGCGCAUUGUCCGCCGAGAUAAUGGUGUAAAGGCUGACAUUCCUUCGACUGAUUUGGUGGAGCAUGUAAGAAUGUUACUGGAUGAAAUUCAAGACAGCUUGCUUGAAACAGCCAAGCAAAAGAGAGAUGCUUGCAUCAAAGUCAUCCACGCAUGGGAUGAAUUCACAACAGCUUUGAAUGAGAAGAAGUUAAUAUUGGCUCCAUGGUGUGAUGAAGAGGAAGUUGAGAAGGACGUCAAAGCUCGGACAAAGGGGGAUCUCGGAGCUGCCAAAACAUUGUGUACUCCAUUUGACCAGCCAGAUCUUCCAGAAGGAACCGUGUGCUUUGCUUCUGGGAAGCCUGCGAAGACGUGGUCAUUCUGGGGCCGCAGCUAUUGACCUUCGCCGCCUGGGGUCACCAGCAAAACACCACAGUUUUCUUCAUUCUGAGAGUCCAAAGCCUAGCAUGCAGUUCUGGUUCUCAUGUAUAUUCUCACAUCCAGCUUUUAUCUAGUUAGUUAAUAUGUCGCAGUAGGAUAUUGAACCAGACUAGCAGUGGGGGCUUCUCAUUCUCUUUGUUUUCUAUCACUUAUUUUGAUAGAAGUAAAUAUGUGUAUUAUAAAUUUACAAUCUUGUUGGGAGGAAAAAAAAACAUUGCUUCAGCUUACAUACUGUAUGUAUAGUAAAAGGAUCAUAUUUGUUGCAUGAGACUUGAAAUGGA